AUGGAUGAACUGUUAGCGAUUAUUGUUAUCGUGAUCCUUUGCUGUGUAAUGUUCUUCGCAUGGCUGGUAUCAAUGGCUACCUGUCCCGAUGCUAUGGUUUCUUUCCUUUCUGGAUCGAGUUUACUUCGUGCUGCGAUCCUGAUCAGCGAUUGUGACCACGAGAAGCAUCGACCCGUUCUUUUGCAAACUGAUAGGAUACCUAGCGUGCCUAUGUUAUACGUUGCUGCUUACUCUAGCUAUGGAAGUAGUUGGUCAACCUUGAGUAUUAUUUUUAACGAUUUUUCACGUGUUCGUCAUGAAUCGCAUCGUUGUCAUUUCUCUGCCUUCCGCUUAAGCAAAUUUGAAAUGGAAAUUAUUUUUCGGAAAGUCGAAAGUACGGAUAGUAAAGUUACUUUCAUAAGAUUGCUAGCGUCUUAA